AAAAAAACUCCCAAAAAAAGCUCUUUCCAACUCUCCCAACGGUCAUAUUUCUUCAAAGAUAUUCAUCAAAAUCAUCGAUGCCCGUUUAAUUUUCCUCUUCCUUUAAACCCAAACCCCACUCCCAUUCAAUCAAAAACCAAAAAUUUUAAAAAUCCUCAUCUUCCAUUCCUUCACUUUGCUCUUUGAUUCCCCCCCUUUUUCCCCUCUCUUCAAUCGCUUGAUCAUGGGCUGCUUUCUACCUUGUUUUGGCCAUUCUAAGCGCCGAAAACCCACAAAGUCGUCCCCCCUUCGGAUUCCCCCUUCUUCAAUUCAUAUUCUUAAAGCUUCGGAAGGUGUUUGUGCGUUGGAGCAAGCGAAGAAGGAAGUGGUUGGCGUGUCUUUGGUUGACCUAAAUAACGGUUCUCUAGAGAAACUUGAAGAGCGGAUUAAGUUGUGUGACACGACUGAAAAAACAUGCCCAGUUAUUGAGGAUGAUAAAAUAGUGGUUCCUACUAAGGAAGUUGAACAUAAUUUGAAUUUGGAUGACAUUAAGAUCGAGGAAAAGAGUGGAAGGGAAGAUGAUGAAUCAAGAGGAAGCUCAAAUUUAUCAAAUGCAUUCUCCAUACCUUUGAAUCAUAGGUAUGCAGUUUGCCAAAACAGUGAUGAUGAUGAAGAAUUUGUAGAAGAAAUGGACCAUUUAGGUGAAAAAGAAGAAGAAAGAAAAGAUGAUGCUGAUAAUGAUGAUGGGGAUGGAGAAAAUAAGUUAUUGAUUAAGCAGGAAUCUUCAGAGUCUCUCUUUUCUUUGUCAUUAGGUUCAAGGAAACAAGUUUUUACAUUUGAAGCUGAUGAGAAUGAGAUCAAUAGUCCAGAUCCAAGCCAUCGUUCUCUUGAUCUUCAACCCGGCAAGGCUUCGUCGGACAAAAUAUCAAUAUGUCAGAAGGAGAACAUCGAUUCUGUUCUUAAACCAAUUGAGAAUGUUACUCAUUGUUUGAAUGCUGCAAAGGUGGCAACACUACCACUAGUUCAUCAACUAGAAAAGGAGAAUAUCAAUUUAGAACAAGAUUGCGAUGUACUGAUCAGCCCCGAGCCUACUUUUCGUUCAAUGAGAAAGCAUGUCGAAGAUGAGAUCGGAGUAGAUACCAGCCUUUCAAACUGGUUAGUUGAAUCUGAAAUCACACCAAAAUCCAAGAGCAAUUCUAGCUCCAUUGGAAACUCACCUAUGUGGACAAGAAAUUCAGCCAAAAGCCAUGAAGAUAGGCCAAUUUUAGGAGCAUUGACACUAGAAGAGCUUAGACAGUUCUCUGCAUCGUCCACUCCGAGACGAAAUAUAAGUCGGAGUCCCCAGGAGAUGCCCAUCAUAGGCAGUGUUGGGAGUUAUUGGAGUCAUACAGGACAGGAUGCAGAUUCCAAUCCAGGCUCGUCUUGCCGGGGACCGAAAACGACUAGGAGAAACCGAGAGGAAGAGAGAGUCAACUGGAAUUCCACCCCAUUUCUAGAAAGAUUGGACAUGGCUUUGGCAUCAAAUUCUGCUGAAGUUUAGUAUGUCUUUUAUUAGAACAUUGUGUGUAUGGUUUUGCUUUAUAAUUUGUCUUCUCAUAUUCAUUUUAUCUUGGAGAAAUGGGGCAUUUUUUUUAGAUGUAAAAAGCAAUUAGAAAAAUAAGUAAAUAGUAAUAUUAAAAAAAAUUUAGCAGUAUAAAUUCUAAAUUCUAUCUUCCGGUUUCACUGGUAA